AUGCAACUUGCUGGAAUAACACAAAAAACUUUUGAAAUGAUUAACUUUUUUGAUGGUUAUGAUCUUUGGAUAACUGGCCAUUCAAUAGGGGGAGCUAUAGCUUCGAUUGCUGCUGCUAAAAUAGCUAGUGCUAAUGUUAUUGAUGCAAAACAAAUUAAAUUGGUUACUUUUGGACAGCCUAGAGUGGGAAAUAAAGCUUGGGCAGCGGCCAUGGAAAAUGCUGUUGGAAAUUUUUGAAUUUAUAAUUAAAAUGGAAUUUUUUAGAAUUAGAUACAAUAUAGCUUGAAAUAUGAUUAGGAUUCGGUUUUGGUUAUUAAUUUAGUUAAUUCUCGUCCUACGGACGAGAAUUUAUUUUGCAAAAAAUUUUUACUCCGACAUUUAUUAUUUUUCUUGUUGGAAAAAGAUUAUGUCGGGAAUCGAGGUAGGGGAAUAUUCUAAAAUCGUGGUGUGUAGGGAAAACGGGAAGGGGGGGGGAUAAUUGUCUAGUAAAUAACUUCUAGUUAGACACCUACUUAUAAUACACGAUUUUUCAAGCUCUAGGUAAUAUUUUUCGAAAGGUCCAACUAUAUUUAGGAUUUGAAAACUUUUUAAUUUAAUUGUUGAAUUAAAAAUAUUUUUUAUUUGCCCUACUACACUUAUCGAGUCGUUAAUGAAAAGGAUAUUAUUGCCGAUUUACCUCAUCAUUCAUUUCUUUAUUACACACAUUUUAGAAUGGAGAUAUUAUACUUUGCAAAUAAUUCAACUACAAAUUCUUCUUCUUUUCCACUAGAGAAUUAUAAAGUUUGCACUUCAGGGGAGGAUAAACAUUGUAUAAAUUCUACCAACAAUUUUAAUAUUAAUGACCAUAUUAAUUAUUAUGGCAUAAAUGUUGCUGAAUAUG